AUGAAGCUUGCUUGGUUGAGUUUAUUGUUGACGGGUGUUUCUGCGACCUAUGCUCCUAUCUACGAAAGCUGCUACACCCCAGAGGGUGGAUUUGUGAGAAACGUUGACGGCUAUAUCCCGGAAGAGUUGGACUACACCGGGCCUCGGUAUAAGAAAGCCAACCAGAAUCUGGUCACUUUCCUUGAGGCGUUGAACCUGGAAGAUUUCGAAAACUUCCCCUGGAGCAGCAGCCUGCUCGAAGAUCCAAUUGAUAUCCAUAUUGCUCUUUCUGGAGGAGGUAUUCGUGCUUUGAUGGUGGGACUUGGCGAACUGUCCGCGUUGGAUUCUCGUUCUUCAGGAUCCAACCUCGGAGGAUUACUUGACUCGGCUCUGUACAUCAGUGCUCUUUCUGGAGGUGGUCUCACACUGGAAUCUAUGCUUUUCCAGAAUUGGACCUCGAUUGAUGAGAUUAUGUCUGACCUCAAAAUUUUACAGGGCCCAAGCUCAUUCUUCCCUUCCAGCGAUAAUGAAUGGUUGGAUCUCAUAAGCGAAGUUUAUCCGAAAAGAGAAGCCGGAUUCAACGUCACCAUCGCUGAUAUCUACGGCCGGAUCAUCUCCAGAUUGAUCUAUACAGACUACCCAGAGUACGGCGCCAACGUUCGCUGGUCCGAUAUCCCUUCGCAGGAGGCCUUUAUCAACCACGAUAUGCCAUACCCGCUGCUCAUUGCCACAGGAAGCGCAUCUGCCAGUCUUGCUCCCCAAGAUCACGUGACCUUGGAGUUCACUCCGUACGAUAUGCGUCCAACCAACUACGAACAAACUCUCAGUGUUGUGCUCAAAUACCUCGGUACGCCGAUGAAGAGCGGAGUCCCUGAAAAUGGAUGUGUUGUCGGAUACGACAACAUCGGAUUCAUUUCUGCUGCCUCUGCGGACUAUUUGGUUGAAUACCAGCAGGAGCUUAGCGACCCGGCUUUCCUUUCGUCGGUGGGCAUGCCUAUCUCGCCAGACCAGCUGGAGCAGGUGCUGACCCAGUUCGGCACGAACUUACACGAUGCUCUGUUUGCCGAGGUUCCUAAUCCGUACUACGGAUUGGAUUUCGACCUUGCUGGUUUGGGCGAGUCAGAAACACUGUACCUUUCUGACGGUGGAGUUGAUCUCGAGACGAUCCCGCUGCAGCCGGCAAUUGAAAGAGGCGGCGACUUUGUCAUUGCCUUUGACAACUCGGGAAAUACCGAAGAUAACUGGCCAAAUGGCACGUCGCUGUAUGUCACCAAAGCCAGGUACGGAGAUUAUUUCUACAACCUACCCGAGACCAUUCAAGACUUUGUUGACCUUGGACUGAACAAGAGAACGGUCUUCUUUGGAUGCAAUGCUUCGACUGUGGGCGCCGACGGCUACGUUCCUCCAUUGCUUGCCUACAUUCCAAACCGCGACCUGAUCUACUCCAGCAACACCACAGGCAUUCACUACACUGACGAUGAGUUCAAUGGAGACCUGUUCAAUGGUAUUGUGCUGUCCUCCGAGGGCGGCAUUGAUUUUGACCCGGAGUUUGCGCAGUGCAUUGGCUGUGCCGUCGUGGAGAGACACAUCGAGCGGCAGAACCUCGCUUUUGGCGAGCAGUGCAAGAGAUGUUUCGAGCGCUACUGCUACGAGCCAUCGAGCAGCUCCAGCAGCUCCAGUUCUAGCAGUUCCAGCACGAAAACUGCCAGCUCCAGCUUCUCCAGCUUCUCCAGCUCCAAGAGCACCCCCGUGGCUACCUCCACAAGAAGCUCUGCUCCUGGCUCCAAGAGCACACCUGCUUCCUCGAAGAGCACACCUGUCUCCAAGAGCUCGCUGUCCACCGGUAAGCCUAAACCGUCCAGCGCAGCCCCUAAAACCAGCUCCACCUUCAGCUCUGCUCGCUACUCCAACUCCUCCACCUCCACCGGCCCUGCUACCACCGCUGCUACCACCCGCUCCCCUGGCGCCACCACCCUCACAGAUACCCUGCACACCACCGCAACAGACACACUCGUCUCCUGCUCCACUAGCAGCGUCAAUCUGUCGACCUUCACAGUGACUGUUUCCGACAAGAGCACCGUGGUUGUCACUCUUCCGUGCCCAGAGCAGCCAUGGACCGCCGGCUCCGGCACAACGGCCAGCGGCCCAUCCGGUCCUGGCACAGGCCUAGCUGCGGCCUUGGCCCAUUUCAGCGCCACCGGUGCUCCUUCAACAAAGCCCGCUGGCUCGGCUACCGCUUACUCAGCCACGGCCACUGCCACCUCGGCCACAAUCACUUCUGCAACCAGCUACGGCUUUGGCUCAGAGUCCAGCGCCAGCGCCUCCGCAAGCGCCUCCACCUUCACUUCAUCCACCGUCAACAUUGUCUCGCUGGCAACAGCCGGUGCAGUGACAAACGGAAUCUUCUGGCUUGGCUCUUUGAUUCCUCUCCUUUCUCUCUUCGUGUAG